GGUGGUGUUCUGGUCCUUCCUGGUGACGUGCUUUAUGUACACCAGGGACCCCAUGGUGGGGAGUGUCGACCUUCUCUUCACCCUGAUGAGCAUCACGGCGUACCUGUGGUUCGACCGCGCCUCGAUCCUGAGCGUGAAGCUGGAGCAGGAGAUGGAGGAAGUUGCGUCCGUGCGCCGAGCCUGCCACCUGCUCCUCUCCUCAAUCUGCGAUGCAGUGGUGGAGCUGGACGCUGAGCUGAAGAUCGCGGAGGAUGUGCACCGCCUGGGCAGUUGGCUCCUUCACGGGAGGAAGCACACUGUUCAAGGCCGCGAGAUGCAGCAUUUCCUCCACAGCGAGCCGGAUCGAGAAGCCUUCCUGGGGGAGAUGAAUCGUGACCUGGGCACGGGCAGCGCCACGGUGGCCGCGGCCUUCCACCUGAAGAUGCGGGACGGCUCCGGGCACCCGAUCCCCGCAGAGUGUUUCCAUGUGAAGUUUUGCGUGGGCAACAAAGUGCGGCACCUUCUUGGCCUCCGGGAAUACGCGGACAAUUCCAUCCCCAAGUUGCCAACGAAGCUGCCAGAACUACGAGUCGAUAUUGAGCGCAUAGCAGGCGGCGACGCUGUCAUGGAGUUCAACGCCAUGGAUUUCAAAGUCAGGGGUGCAACCCAAGCAUUUUGCGAUUUGUUUCACAGCCACCGGCUCCCGCACACAAACGUCACAGACUACCUGGCAGAGGAGUCCAGAAACCAGUUCCUGCAGGACAUCAGCUCCUACGUCAACCAACUGCUGUAUUCGGACGACUUGCAGGCGGAAGCUGCGGCAACCUUGCCCCUCCUGGCUUCGGGUGGCCGGAUUUUGGUGUGCUCGUGCAACCUGACGCUGGAGAGGGCACAGGAAAGCCCAGACCGGGAAGUCUUUGGGCAGACCUUUGAGGGCCAUUACCUGGACUCCUCGACUGAGGAGGGGGGGCUGAUGGUGCUCUCCCGGAUCUUCAUCAACCAUGUGGCACGAGAGAACUUAGAGGAUUUCCCCUCAUGCAGCGUGUCGCUACCUUCAAGGCGUUCAGGCUCUCGGCGCAGCAACCGCAGCACCCGCUCGGCGCGGUCCAACAGUUCGCGGGGCUCCCAGGGCUCGGGGAGCCGACGCGAGAAGCGGCCGCCGGAAUCCGGAGACCUGAAGUCGCUGCAGCAUAGCCGUAGCCAGAGCUUGCCGUGCCGUCUCUAGAGCCACCCGCUCCUCCGAGUGGGCUUCGCGACUGUGGAAGCGAUGAGCUUUUCUCGGGGUCAUUUCA